UUCAUUUUCCUAGAAACUAGUGAAAAUUGUGGAAAUCCUGCAGAAUAACUCCCCGUUUUCACUGCUGAAGUAUAAUUCCAUUCGUUGUUUAUACUUUCGCAGAAUGCCGCGGAGUAACAGGUAGACAGAGGUUGAGACGUCUGCCAUCGAUUUAGCAGCGUCGAUGUGCUAUUUACGGUUCCGGAAUAAUUGCUGCUACCGUUGCUAGUAGUGCGUAUCAUCCCCUGCACUUUUCUUCCCGUUUCCACUUUUAUCCGGCUCGUCUUGGUGAUACUCUAGCACUUCGCGUUCGGUGGAAGUGUUAGAAAAAUACAAAGACCCGAACCGCCCACACAAAAGCAACCACCAUGGGCAAUCCUAGCCUGACAUACGAGAUUCUGCUCUAUUUGAACUCGUUUUACUUCGGGAUGUUCGCGACAUGCGAACUGGGCAUGAUCACCCUCAAGGCCGUGAACCUCAAAUACCCGGAACACAUUUUGAUGAGGGAAACAUGCAUUCUACUGUCGCUCUGUUUGGUCGAGACGAUACGGAUCAUCCUCGGGCGGAAAGGCAGUCUCAGCGAUCACGGCUGGCAAGUCAUCCUAUCGGUUAUCCUAACAAUUCCUUGCGCGGUGGCAGUCGGUUAUCUCCUGUUCUAUCAAUUACACCGAUUACGCCUCGAAUACAUCCUAUGUGCCUUAAUGUUAUCUCUCCAGGCAGCCGAGCUACUGUUUGCGACUCUGUUCGUAUUCACACUCUGCCGUCCAACCUCGUACGACUAGUUUCGUCCUAUCAAACUGAUUCUCCCUAUCAUCGUUCAGACCAAAAUAACGCGAGAGUCUCAUAUUUUCAUUACGAAACGAAAUGACAUAAUAGAUUAGCAGCGUCAGUAAUUUUUCAAUACUCUAUUCCAUUUCAUCUUCAUAGCAAUAGUCAUUUGAUAUCCAACUUUUAACGGAGUAGAUUUUGCAUUAGAAAUUUUUAAAACCAUUUCGAAGCCAAAAAAACGAUUCAGCCAAAUUCCCGAGACUCGUACAGACAAUAGGAUUCAAAGUAGAAGCACUAUUAUGAGCCACAUAAAACUCAUAAGACUACAUAAGCAAGAAAACACAAUUUUUCUAUAUGACUAGGUUUAUUAUAAACUUACUCAUUAAGUCUCUCAUACACUUUGUAUCAUAUUUUUUGUUUUGUGUCUUACACAAAACUGUCGUCUCACAUUUUAAAAAAAUCAAAUGACCCAAAUAUUUGUAGCUUUAAGUGAAAUCUUUGUAACUCAUAAGUAGUCGAUCGAUCUACCCCCACGAAGGGUUUCUUAUUUAUUUAUUUAUGUGUUCUAUGUAAUCUCGUUGUAACAAGAAGCUAGUCACCAGGCCAAAGAAAAUCAUUUUUGUUUAAGAUCAAAACUAUCUAGAUCGAGUUCCAUCAAUGUACUAAUUUUCGAGAUGGAAUAAGUUUAGGUGACAAACAUACUGCACUAUUACUUAGAAAAUAAGUUGUCGAGAGAAAAAUCAAAGAAAAUUAAACGGGUUGACAAAUCCAUUACCUAGCGUUUGUAAUAGCCGUCGAUUAGCGAAACUCGUUUACAUUUGAAGAAAAGUUGUUUUUAUAUAAAUCAACUAGUGACAUUGAAAUUGAUAGUAAUAAUAGGUGGAAACAAUGAAACACUGCAAUAUAUUCAGAAAACAAAUGAACCAUUUUAGACCAUUUAUACCAAAUCAAUAUACGAUUCAAACGCGAUGAAAAACGUUGCAAGGUAAGUGUUUCAAAUAGAUCUUUUUCGAAAAAAACAAGACAUUUGUAUGAAAGAUAGAUACUAAACUUCUCAGCGUUGUUAGACAGUGUAAUAUACACAUCCAAUCAUUUUUUGAUCUUUAAAAAUAAUUUCAAAUUUUCAUUAAAAUAAAAUGUUACAAUCUUAUAGAAGAUUAUCUAAAAUGCAGGAGAAAACAGUUUUUUUUUUCAAUUAACACUUACUAAACAAAUAGAAAUCUACCUUUUAAUAAUAUAAACCAUCAUUUAAAUUGUCUUUCAUCUUACACAGUUUUUCACGACACGAUUCAAAUAAAAUAAAACACAAUUUAUCUAGGGUAAUCCGCCAAAUGUUGAACGGCUAAUUUCUUCGCCUAUUGUUGAACGCACGUGCAUUUCUUAUGGGAGUUCAACAAUAGGCGACAAAAUUAGCCGUUCAACAUUUGGCGUUUUCCCCUACUUUGGCAGAAAAUAAAUAGGUUUUACCCUUGAUUGAUCUUAUAAUUUUAAACUUUAGCAAUUCAUUAGAGUCAAACAACAUUGCAUUACUGUCCCACAUACAUUGGAAUACUAGCUACUGGAGAAGUACACUUUUUUCUACUAAACUUCAUAGCCAAUAUAACCAGUUGAUACAAGCCGCAAUUGUGUGUCCCGUUUCGGAACGGGUCAUGACCACAGAGAAAUAUUAAGACAUGCUAAUCAAAUCAGUACUGUGUUCUUUUUUUGUUAUCGUGUAAUUUUCAAAGCCAAAAGACUUUGUAAUAAAACAUAUUACCUUUACGCAUGAUAAGUAACAUACACUGUAAUAUUAAACGAGAGCUUUUUA